UCAUUCGAUUUACGUAUAUUUUUCUUGUACAUACGUAUGACCUUGGUCAAAAAAUACAAAAUAAAUUCUAGAAUGAAUUGUUAAUUAAUAAUUUAUUUAAUGCACACUAUUUCAUUUUCUCGUUGUUUAUGACGUGUAAUACUUCGUGUGUAAUAUAUACUGUGCGUAUUAUGUAACUUGAGACAUGUGCGUGACAUUUCUGUAAACUUUGUGACGUAGAUCUUUAAUCUAUAUAUAUUUGUUAUUAUUAUUAAUUAGUAAUAAAUUAGUAAAAAAUAACUAAAACAUGUCCAAUUCGCUUGUUCGUAAGAGUCUUGAACUCUUCGAAUACGAUGAUUUGAAAAAAGAAAAAAAGAAGAAGAAACAUAAUAGUUAUAAAGGAACUUUAGAAUUAAUUCCUGCUAAGCAUAGAAUUAUUUCUUUCAAGCAAAAGACAAAUAUCAAUAAUAUUUUGGGUCGAUCCAAUAAAGUUACUGUAUAUGAAGCUAAAAAACGAUUAGAGUCGAAGAAGGAUUUAAUGGAAGAAAAUAUACAGAAUCUUUUAUUAUUGAGUAGUAAUUGUUUGGAUCAACAUACAGUUGACAAGGUUUUAAAACGAGCUGUUAAGAAACAAUAUAUUCCAAAAGAGAAAAAGAAGCCAAAACAAGAAAGUACUGCAUUUUCGGAGGAAGAUUUUAAGAAAUUUGAACAAGAAUAUGUAGACGAAUAAGGUUAUCGUGAAUUUGUAAUUUCACGACAUAAUAAUAUUUAUUUAGAUGAAAAUUGUGAUAGAUAUUAUAGUUUCUCUUACUAUCUAUUGAAAAUAAUUUUAAUUUAUCGUUCGAGUUGUCAAUAAUAUUUCUUUAUUUAUCAUAUGAAUUGUUAGUAGUAUGUUUAAAUUAUCUUACGAAUUAUCGAUAAUAUAUUUGAAUUAUCUUACGAGUUGUCGAUGAUUUAUUUGAACUGACUUUAAUUUGUUUUAAGAUUUUCAUAAGUUUUCUCUAUCAUUAUUUGAAAGUUUUGGAAUACAUAAAUAUUCUUAUUUAUUUAAAAUUGAGAUACGAGUCCUUUGUAAUUGAAAAUGAAUCAGUAUUCAUCUGGUGCAAGAGAUAUUAGAAAAAUUAGUAGUUUAUAUAUAUUCUAGAACUAUGAGAUGUAUAGGUUGUCUAAGCUCAUGUUCCAGAAGAUUUUUUUGGGGAUAAAUAUUGAGAUAGAUUUAAAACUCAAAGAAUCACUGAUUGCCAGUGUAUUGAUAUUAAAUGUGUGAUAAAUUUUUUUUAAACUAAACUUAAAAAAGAAUGUAGAAAAGCAACACUAUGAGAAAUAAAACGGACGUCAUUUAAGAGAAAUAUUAAGGAAGAAUGUUGUGUAAAAUUGAUAUCUAAAUAUUGGCAAAUAGUUUAUAACUUUUUAAGCGAGUAUUUAAUUUAGGCAUUAAUGUAGAAUAUCAUAAUAAAAAAUAGCCCAAGAAUUCCCAAAAUCUUAGAGAAAUGUGAAAUUUUUGCCACCUAUGUAAAUAUUUGAAAUAAAAUAUCAAUACGUAAUGUUAUAUGUGAUCAGUGUUAAACAGAUUAAUAUAAAAACAAUCUUUAGUAAUUUAAAUAGAUAGUUAAUAUUUAUAAUAAACCUAGACUAUUAAUUAUUUAUACUGAUCACUUAUAUUUUAUACUGAUAUU